AUGUUUCUACCCUGCCUCCUCAUCACCCUGGUGGCGCUUUUGAGGUUUUAUAUUCCUAGCGACAGCGGAGAAAAAGUGACCAUGGGAAUCACGACGCUUCUCUCAAUGACCGUCUUUAUGAUGCUUGUUGCGGAGAAUAUGCCACCUACUUCAAACGUACUGCCACUUAUUGGGAUAUAUUACGGCAUUACCAUAUUUAUUGCUUCUAAUGCGACUGGGAUGGCGGUUGUGACCCUCAAUAUACACCACAAGGGCAACAGCGGUCACGAGGUUCCGAGCGCAAUCAAGACUAUAUGCUUUGGUGUCUUCUCAAAUCUGUUUUGCAUGUCGCUAGAAAUACCACAACACGCAAGGACACAGUUUGAAUCAACAACGUAUAUGCCGGGAGGGUCAACAAGCGACGGCCAUUACACACGGUUCAAGAUGUCGGGGGAAGAGGAGACCUGUUUAGACUCGGCAAACACGCAGCGAGCUCAAGCAUUUCUGAUACUGAAGCAGCUUAAUGAACAUCAUCCGUUCAGUUCACGAGUAAGACCGGACGCCACUGCAACGCCAUCUUGUAAUGGCUUCGCUCCACAUAUGGGUACCACCAGUACCGGAAGUAGCAGUCAACAAGCAACUCAGAGUAAUUUCCCUUUCUCAAACAUUACGGAAAAUGGCGGGAAUUCUAUUGAAAAUGUUGAAACCUUUUUCAUUAAAGAGUUUUAUCGCGAGUAA